UCCAAAAUUUACAUAAUUUAUCCAUUGGCAGGAAAAUUUCAACCCAUGUUGGUCCAUUCGUACUCUAUCGGUACCAUCAGCAGGUGGCAUAUAACUAUUAGUUAACAAUCGAGCGCUUCAGCUUUUCAUUGUCUUCGUGCGGUUGUGCGUGUAUGUGUGGUCAAAUCGGCAGAAAGGUCGCAAUAAAAGUGACAAGAUUUUUUCCGUAAAUUUACUGGCAAACAAAAUGGGAACUUUGAAGAUUGCAUUUGUGCUUUGCGGCUUGGCUCUUUGUACUAACGGAGCUCCAGCCCCAGCAGAGGAGAAUGCAGGGAUCCCACCGCUUCUGUCUUUUAAAGACGGCAACGUGGGGGUAAAUUUUCUGGGCUUCAAAGCUUCAGCAGGCCUGGGGGGGCUUUUAAGAGGAGACGGUAGUCAAGGAGGUUUGCAUGCUUCUGCUGAAACCCCGUUUGGACAAAAAGCCCACGCUGGACUCGGAGGAAUGACGGACGCAAACGGGCGUUCCUUAGGUGGGCUAUACGCAGGAGCAACAGCAGGAGGCGGCGUUGGGGCCAGUGCAGGCUUGGGUGGUAUGACAGGAGCCGAAGGAUCAGUAGGACGGUCUUACGCUGCGUCGUCUGCAGGCGGCGGGAGAACCGUGAUUAAAGAGCGGUUCUCUUCCGCGCCUUCUGCUGGAGGCAUUUCAGUAAUGGCUUCUGAAGAAGUGCACGUCCAGAAAAUCCCAAAAUCCGUCUCCACUUUUAAUGUUGAAGUGGGCAAAGAUAUUCAAGCACCAGCGCCCGCUUCCCAAAUCAGUACCGAAUUGCUUAAAACGGAAAAUGACCACCCAGUUGGCAAAACAACUUACGUCGAACGUACGAUUAUCCCCAAUUACGUCGAGAAAACUAUUCAGGUUCCAUCUUAUGUGGAAAAAACCAUACGAGUACCAACGUAUGUUGAAAAAACUGUUAAAGUUCCCACAACGCCAACUGUAGUAGAGAAGGAAGUUGAGGUGCCUCAGCACGUAAAGACUGUGUCAAAAACGAAACAAAUCGUGGUUGGCGAAGAAGCAUCCGGAGCUCCUUUCGUCACUGUAGUAAAAACCAAAUCGAAAAUCCAUCGACGACCCUGGUCGCACUUGAGGAAGCGAAUUGACUACACCACUGGAGAACUUCCAUCUUCAGGCGGGGUAGUUAUAGCUAGGCCGGAUCCAGCUUUGGCAAAUGUUAAUUACCGUUCAGAGUAUAACGGAGGGCCGAAAGCAGUGUCUACGACAACAAUCAGGAAACAAUAUAAUGGAGAUCUAAUCCGGGAUAUAUUCAAUAUUCCCAUUUCCACAUUGGGAGCGGUAAGCAACUUAGUAGGCAAUCUGGCCGCAGGAGGAUCCCUGGCAGUCUCGAAGUCUUAUGGAGUUGCUGCUUAAAAGCCAAGUUCCCUUUGAAAAUUCACUGCCGGGGUACAUUAACAUUAUGUCUUUAGAAUGCAGUUUUUAUGUGUUUUCUAUUUAUGCUUUAUAAAAAACGAGAGGCGAGUGCGUGCCUCUUAGAGAUUUAAUAUUUUACUUAAAUUAUUAAACUUACCAUCCAGGAUUGAGCAUGCGCUUAGUAAGAUUAAAUAAACCUAGUUGAGUGGCUACCUACAAUAAAAUAACGGCUGUAAUCUCAGUCGUCGCAUA